CAGCAAGAGGGAUUUAUUUGCAAUUAUCAGAAAUAAUUUGCGUUUGCUACAGUGCUACUUCCACUCCAUCUUCGGAGUAACACUGUUUAAAAACGCAUAAAAAGGAUAUUUUGGGAUGGGUUUUGGUGUAUGGUUAGAGGUGUUUUCAGCUGAAAAUUUUGGGAUUUUGGGGAUGGUUGGAGUAACACUGUUAUGUCGGCAUUUCCCCAACUCUCAUUCUUUAUUUAGUAGUAUUCCGUUUUUAUGCGUAUCUAUCGUGUAACAGUAUGCAGAAUAUAAUUGAAUGCUGGGUCCAUAUUCCUCAACAAUGAAUGUAGCUGCAGUGGAUCCAUCUAAUCUUCUUAUCCAGCUGGAGGGUAUUUUGGAAUCUGACCCUCUCAUUGAUGAAGUUGGGUUCAUUCAUCCAACACAGUUUGCUUUUUUAAGUGAGGAUUUCCCUAGUUCUACCUCCUUGUCGUCUGUGGCUGAUGGGUCUCUCCUAGAGGAUGAUACCAUUAAAUCAGAACCAGCACUCUGUAAUAGUUCUGAUACUUGCUUUUGGCAUCAUGAACAUAAGCUGGGUAUCUCUACCCUUGUUCUUGUUCAACUAUAUAGAGCGGCUAAAGACGCAUUCAUGGAUUCUCAUAGACAAUGCAGGAUGUUGAGCAGUUCUCAAUGUAAGAAGGAUGAAAAACUAGAUGAAAUUGCAUCAGUGUGUUCAACUUCUUUCUUAAACAUUGCUGAAAUUGAAGUUAUGAGACAUAGCAAGGCACUUCUUCUACUAAGCUCUGAUUUUGGCACAGCAUGGAAUUUCAGGAAGUUAAUUGUGUCAAAGAAGCAGCUCUUUCCGAUGUUCAUGGAUGAACUGCUUUUAUCAACUCUGGUUCUAUCCUAUUCGCCAAAAAGUGAACGCGCUUGGAGCCACAGGAGAUGGGUGAUCAAGAUGAUAGCUGGAAAGUCUGCAAAUCUACCAGAGAUUGUGGAAAGAGAAUCUGAGUUAGUGAAAAAAAUAGUAGAGAACUCUAAGAUGAAUUACCGUGCUUGGAAUCACCGCUGCUGGUUGGUUUCCUACAUGUCAGACUCACAGGUACUACUUGAGCUGCACAGUUCCAGAGAUUGGGCUGCGCUUCAUGUUGCUGAUAACUCUUGUUUCCACUUCCGAGCUCGGUUACUGGUCCAGAUGAUAGAGAAUUCACGGCAUUACAAGGAUUUCAAUGGUUUGUCAAAUGAAGAACUUCAAAAACUAUGGAAGGAGGAGCUGGACUGGGAUGCAAUGUUGAUAAGGCUGUACGUGGGAAGAGAGUCUCUAUGGCUUCAUCGUCGCUUCCUGUCACUAAUAUGGAUGAAACAUUUAGCUGUUGAUGGCCAGAGUAACAUGUUCGUCAAAGAUGAAUUAAAGCUAUUCCAAUCCUGCACAAUUAUCCCUGAUAAUGAAUAUGGGGAAUAUCAAGCACAAACAACCUUUUCAGCUACCUACAUUACUUGGCUUGCUAAGCAAAUGCCCGAGUCUUUUGGUGUGGUGCUUAAAGAAAGUUCACAGUUUGAGGCGCUCAAGCUAUUACUCGACCAAGCUGAAAAGAGCUUCCUUUGGGAUUCUCUGAAUGCAAGCACUCAAUAAUUAGUUAGAAAACUAGUACACUGCUAAAGUUCUUGGUGUUUCCCAUUUCUUAUGAGGUGGUGAGUCAAACUUCGUCGUGCCACUGGAAUUAUAGAUACAGACACAUGAUCUUGAAAAGGUUUAACGGUUCUAUGUUUAUUUGUUGUUUAUCAUAUGUUGAUAUAUUGAAUUCCCUACCAUUUCAAGGAUUACUGGUAAGUUUGGUA